UGCCUCUUAACUUGUCUUCUUGGAUGAGAAUCGCGAGACUGUUGAUAGAUUACGACAUUUUAGUAAAUUGAACUCAUGGCUUAAAAUCUGAAUGCUAGAGUCAGCGAAACAAUAUCCAGGAGAAAACCAUGCAUGCUAGGACUGGAGGUAUCUGGGAUACUAUCGAAUUCCUUAGGAUUUGGCUUCUUUUCAGCAUUGAAACGAUGGUGUUGGUAUGCGGUCAAAAGGGCGAUGGGUGUGGACACACAAUCUUGAGCCCCACCAGUGGCACACUGGCCUCAUGGAACUUCCCAGGAACCUACCCCAACCACACCCAAUGUGAAUGGAGUCUGAGGAUACCAAAGGACCAGACACUGCUCUUGACCUUUGGGGAUUUUGACUUGGAGUGGAGCCAAGACUGCAUAGCUGGCUCUCUUACCAUCACAGAUAGCAAUGGAGACACCAGAGUGGGUCCUCUGUGUGGGCAGUUAGCGGCAAAGAACAAGAAUGUGUCAGUUAGUACUAAUGAAGUUACUGUGCGUUUCAUCUCCGGCACUCAUCGUUCUGGACGAGGUUUUGUGAUGUCAUAUUCAACCAGUCAGCACUCAGAGCUCAUUUCAUGCCUGCAUCGAGGAACACAUUUCUCCUCUCAGCAGAUCAGUGCGUUCUGUCCUGCAGGCUGCAAAGGUGUUGCAGGAGAUAUCUGGGGCUGGCAUGGCCAAGGAUACCGUGAUACAUCUGUAUUGUGCAAAGCUGCAAUCCAUGCUGGGGUUAUUUCAGACAGUCUGGGUGGCAUGAUCAACGUGUCCCUGCAGAGGGGUAUUACUCUGUAUGAGUCAAACUUUGCUAAUGGAAUACUGUCGAAAACUGGUUCCUUGUCAGAUAAACGCCUUGUCUUCCACAGAGAGUAUGAAAGUGAGCUAACAGUGGUGGCCUAUAACACUUCUUCAGUAUGGGAGGAGGUGAACAGAUUCGGUCAGCGGGUCUCUUGGUCUCCAGGACAUGGGAACUCUCAGUGGGCUGCGAGCUCCGAAGAUCAGCAGCCGUGGGUGGUGCUUGAGUUGUGGAAUAAGAGUAGUGUCACAGGCAUCAUAACAAAAGGUACACAAAACUACUACAUUGAAUCUUACACCCUGAUGUUAAGCAAAGAUGGCAAAAACUGGAAAGCAUACAAAGCUCCAUCAAUCAAAGAAAGAAAGGUGUUUGAGGCCUAUGCUGAUGGUCAUUGGACAGUGCUCAACAGUCUGAUCCCUCCAGUAGUAGCACGCUACCUACUUCUGAAACCCCAGCAGUGGCAUAGCAGGGCCUCUGCACAAGUACAAGUGCUGGGUUGCCCUUCUGCCCCUCUCAGACCCCGUUCCCAUGGAGAUGGAGUCAACUCUGGCAAAGCAGCUGUCACAGAAACAGUACCUCUAGACACACUGCCCACUGAGGGUCCUGUAAUCACAAGAAGCUCAGGUCCUAGCCAGGCACUGAUACUAGUGGUGGGCAUGGUUUUGGGUGCCACUCUGUGUGUGGGUUGCCUUUUGGCUGGACUCAUUUGGUGGAGAAGAAAAAGAAGUGCACAAAUAAAGAAAUGCAGUGUUGACCAAGGCUGUCAGGGUGUCCAUGGGAAGAUGCUUCCGUGCACAAAUCCAGAGAUUAUAUCAUACCCUUUGUUUAGGAACAUCCACGACGCUCUCCCCAACCCUCCUCACAAUGACUAUGAUGAGCCUGAUGUAGUAUCUGGUGGGCAGAUGAUGGGUCUCACGUUCAGACCCCUGAUGGAAGAGGGCUACACAGUCCCCUUCGCUUUCAACCAAUAUGACACCCCCGGACAACAAUUUCCAGAAUACACCGAUCCGCUGCCCCCCGAACCAGAAUAUGCAACUCCCUUUGGUGAAAUAUACUCUCUAAUAUCACAAUCACUGGACAGCCAAAAGAACACCAAUCUACCUGUAUGCCAAUCCACACAGGGAACAAGAGCAUUGCUGGGACAACAGUAUGACUGCCCUGCCCACAGAGUGAUCUCUAACGGGUACUGUACUCCAGUCUCACAUGGUACUAGCCAUAAGGCUAGUGUGAUCCAUGUUGAGCCCCAGACAGUAGAACCACUAAUACAUACCUACCAUGAGCCACUUUAAGCCACUUUGCCAUCUCUUACUGAAGACACUUGGACCAAGUCUUUGUAUGGCUGCUAAAAAGAACAUUUCUGCAAUUCUAAAGACAACAUAUGGAACAGGAAUGGGCAUAUCAUAUUAAUAAGGAAAAUAUGCAGGGUUCCCACAGUUAUAAAAACCCUAGAAAUAACAGGGCAUUUUAAAAAUUUGUUUUUCUAGGCUUGGGGAAGUAUUAAAAAUGAGUGCUAAUAAGUAAUGGCAAUGUAAUUGAAAUCUCAUGUAAAAAUAAAUUGUUCAUAUUAGUUCCUAUCCCUUAACUAAUGUUAACAUAUACAACUUUUAACUUUAAAAGUGUAUUAGUAAAUGGUGCAAUUAACUAAGAUUAAUAAGUGCUGUAAAAGUAUUGUUCAUUGUUAGUUUAUGUUAACUAUUGUAGUUAACUAAUGUUAACGAAUACAACUUUAUUGUAAAGUGUUACCAAAUAUAUUUACCUUAAAUACAUGGUGCAUUGCUUUAGAUAAAAGUAUCUUCCAAUGCGUGUAAAAGUAUUGUGCAACGUGCAGUAUACUGUUCAUUUCUUUUCCAAACUUUUUUGUGGAGAAGAAAAAAAAUACUUACUAAAAUUAAAGCAGAAGACUGUCAAACUGUUCAUAAUUAAAGCAAAAGACUGUUAAACUUCAUAUAUGACUGGGGGAAAAGAAAGCACUGAAGCACUAUUUGCAGUAAAACUUGUACUCUUUAGAGUUUCUGGAUGUGUGGUGUUAUCACAAAGAACAAGAAAACACUCCUAGUGGCCUCUGGCCAUUAAAAAUAUAGCCUGGUCUCAUGAACAUUGUGACCAUGGCAACAUUUUUGCAAAACGAAAUAAUAUGCCUCAAUACACGUUUGGUUACAGUUUCCCAUUAUAAUGUCCAGCAGGGUGCCAAAAGUGAGUGAAAUGCUGUCUUAAUCAGAUUAGGUUUUUAAGAUUAAAAUUAGAUGGAGGUUUUAAUCAGUAAAAUUUACCUCCCUAACCUAAAAAAGUAACCUAAACCUAAUUAAUAUUGUUCUAAAAUCAAUAUAGAGGUAAACAAAACAGACAUCCUAUACCCUUAACCAACACCUCAAUCUAUCCAAAAGUGUCCAAAGAAAAAAUGCAAAAUGAAAAGCACAUUUUCUGAAGCAAACACAUCAUUUCAUGUCGCUUCUAUGACACUCUUGCAACCUAGUCUCAUAGAAUGAACAUUAAUACAUUUUAGCAAACAUGUCAAGUCAUGCAUGCUGAAUCAGUGCUUAAAAGGCCUCUUUCUGGAGCUUGCCUCACCAAAAUAAGCGAGCAUAGAAAUGAUAACAAGCAGUUAAUUAACAGUUAAGAAUAAUUUUAUUUACAGAUCUGCUUUGUUGAAACCCGGCAGAAUCAAAUCUGUAUUGAUGCAUCAUAUCUAACAAUAAUUCAUUGAAGACUUGGAAACUGAGAAAGGUACUUUUUACUGUAUCUCUAAUAAUGUUUUCCUUGUGUCUGGAUUAGCUGUGCAUGUAUAUGUAGUAAUUCUACAUAGUUGUUAAAAAAGGUCUUCAUUCACAGAUGUGACAUCCACAACAGAGAAUUAGGCAAAGAAAUGUGUGAUGCAGCAGUUUCCUUCUGUAUCAAAGCACAUGUUUAAUUUUUUUCAGGUAACAUGAAGUGGUGUAGUUCCAAAACUUUUACUCUUUGGCCUUUAGUUUCAUGAAAACUAAUUCUGAACAAAAUUAAAAGGUACCAUAUAACCAACCGGUUACCAGCAUUUCAAAAUAAUGUUUUCACUCCGGAACAAUUGAAAAUCACAUUGUUCUUGUUUUCGGUUAUGUUCUGUUAAAAUUUUCAAUUUCGUUCCUUGAACCAUUUUUAGUCCUUGAGGCAUGGCCUGAGACAAGGGUGGAGUCAGUGGUGGGUUUGGGGGGUGACCACAAGGCAGGGACAGGGUCACGAGGCCUGGGAGGAGGCCAUGGGGCAGAGGGGACAGCUGCGGCUGCUGGACAUGGUUCAGGAGGGAGCAGCUCAGAGGGCCAAGCCGUAGAAGGCUCGGGGAGUGAAGCCGUGGAAGGCUUGGACACUGGCCAUGACAGGGGAACAGUCAUAGUUACUGUGAGCACAGGCAGUGGCAGGGUAACAGUCAGUGAUGAGAGAAUGACCUCUGUGGUCAUUGGCAUUGACAGGGAAACAGCCUUUGUGACUGUGAGUACAGGUGGGGACAGGGGAACGAACUGUGUAUUUGAUAUUUACUUUAUUAUUAUCUAUGUUUUGUUGCGGUUUAGUAUUGUUUUGCACUGGAAGCUCCUGUCACCAAGACACAUUCCUUGUACGUUUAAGCAU